AUGUCUCUGAGAGCAAGGCCGGUAACAGCCCUAUCCUCCUCGGAUGACGAGGAGGAGAACGAGAUCCCCGACAGCCCUAAGCCGCCACCACCACCACCCACUAUGUCACAAUGGGCUAUAUCACAGACACUAGCUAGCACAGCCCAACUAGCCAACCUCCUACCUACAGGCACCCUCUUAGCCCUCCAAACCGUAACACCCAUCUUCACCAACCAUGGUUCCUGCGACGCCGUCACACGACCACUCACCGCCAUCCUCCUCGUCUUCCUCACCGCCGCUUGCUUCCUGGCAAGCUUCACCGACAGCUUCAAGUCCUCAGACGGACAGGUCUUCUAUGGGUUUGCAACGUUCAAAGGCAUGUGGCUCUUUGAUUACCAAACAGCAGCAGCAUCAACCUCCGGUUUACCGGACCUGAGAAAGUAUAAGUUGACGGCGGUUGACUGGAUUCAUGCUUUUGUGUCGGCAUUCGUGUUGCUGACACUGGCCAUGAGAGAUAGAAGCGUGGUGAGUUGCUUUUAUCCACGACCAAGUCAUGAGGUUCAAGAGGUUCUGGACAUCGUUCCGUUGGGACUUAGUCUCGGUUGCAGUUUGGUGUUUGUGAUCUUCCCUUCCAAGAGACAUGGCAUUGGCUACCCUGUAUCCCAUUGA